UCGGGCGGAAGCCGGGAACCGCGACGAGCCGGGCAGCGUUUCCGGUGACGGUGGCAGCAGACAGAGUUGAAGCUCAAGUAGCUGGAUUGGUGAUAAGGGUUGCGGGUCCUGAGAGGAAAGGGAGAGGAAUAGGGUCGGAGGAGGGGGAGGUGAAGAGGACAAUGGCCAACAGCGAGUGCACCUUCAUUGCUAUCAAGCCUGAUGGAGUCCAGCGUGGUCUCGUGGGAGAGAUCAUCAAGCGUUUUGAGCAGAAGGGAUUCCGUCUUGUUGCCAUGAAAUUCAUGCAGGCUUCUGAAGACCUUCUCAAGGAGCACUAUAUUGACCUGAAGGACCGUCCAUUCUUUGCUGGCCUGGUGAAAUACAUGCACUCAGGGCCAGUGGUUGCCAUGGUCUGGCAGGGGCUAAAUGUUGUGAAGACAGGUCGAGUAAUGCUUGGGGAGACCAACCCUGCAGACUCCAAGCCUGGGACCAUCCGUGGGGACUUUUGCAUCCAAGUUGGCAGAAACAUUAUCCAUGGCAGUGAUUCCAUGGAGAGUGCGGAGAAGGAGAUUGGCUUGUGGUUUCACCCUGAGGAACUGGUGAAUUACAAGAGCUGUGCUCAGAACUGGAUCUAUGAGUAACAUGGAAGCAGACCACAAUGCUUGUCCCAUGCCUGUUCCCUUCCCUCCCGUGGGCAGGGGCCAGGCCAUAGCAAAUCUAUUUAUUUCUGAGAAGGAGCUUUUCAUCUGGAGGGAAACUCUUGGAGCUGUGGAUGCUCUCUGUACAAUGUUAUGUGAUAUUAUCAGAUUAAAAUGUUUCAUCUCAAGGAA